CAAUCAACGCCCACCCGGCCAUUCUGAGUUCUCUCCUCCCUCACUCGCGUGAUCCUCAUCCUGCUUCUACAUCUUCAUGUUCAAUCGACUGAACCUGGUCCUUCGCCAGCUCUCUCGUCCGUCGCUUGCUCACGUUUCCCCGUCUGCUUCUUCCAUCCCCUCGCUGUGGUCCCCGCGCCUGACACCGCUCGCCAUGACAUCAUCUGCGGCUCCCACGGCGAAGACGAUACACACGGCUGCGUGUUUGAUUAUUGGCGAUGAAGUCCUGGGUGGGAAGACCGUCGAUACCAAUUCCACCUUCUUUGCCAAAUGGUGCUUCUCGCUCGGCAUCGAGCUGAAGCGCAUCGAGGUCAUCGCCGACGAUGAGAGCGAGAUCAUCGAGGCCGUCCGCCGCAUGAGCGAUCGGUACGACUUUGUCGUCACCAGCGGAGGAAUUGGGCCGACACACGAUGACAUCACGUACGAGUCGAUAGGCAAAGCCUUCAACCUCCCACUGGUGCUUCACAAGCCGGCGUUUGAACGGAUGAAGGUGCUCUCGAAGCCGCACCCGAUGCAGCCGAAUUUCGACUGGGAGACCCCCUCGCCAGGGCUGACGGCCAAGUUGCGCAUGGUCGAGUUGCCGUUCGACUCCUCCCUUCCCGCCGAGGACCAGGCCCUCUUCGUCGCAGAGGACAUGUGGGUGCCCAUCGCGGUGGUGAACGGCAACGUACACAUCUUGCCUGGGGUGCCGCGGCUCUUCGAGCGCCUGCUCGCCCAUCUCAAACCCGUCAUCUUGCCCCGUCUGACAGACCCGGAGGGAAAGGGCAUCUAUCGUGUUCUGAUCAGCACGCCGCUCCCGGAGAGCGCCGUGGCCCCCUAUCUCACCGAGCUGGCGGGUAGAGUCGCCUCGCACGGCAUCAAGGUCGGCAGUUACCCGCGCUGGGGCCUGAAGCGCAACACCGUCACCCUGGUUGGCACCGACCAGGUCUACGUGCAGUCGCUUAUCCCUGAGGUCGAGAUGAACGUCGAGGGCAAGUGGGUUCAGCGUGAGGAUGAGCUGGAUCCUCCAGAGGAGUCCAACUGAUGUACAGUGCGUGUACUGCAUAUAAAUAACUUGGGUAAAUACUAUCAGCAAGCCUGUACAUAUACUGUACACAUACUAUACUGAUCAUUCAUUAUAAGUACCAAGCAGGCCAGUAUUACAUGGAAUAUAGUUAUACCUAUACUACAAUAUAAGCAUACUGAACAUCUACUGCUG